AUGUCAAACGAAACCUCAAGAGGAUUUCUGUGCUCGUUGUCCGAGGGCGGCUCCGAUGCUCUCAUGAUGGCCUCUACAGCAGUGUUCCUUUGUGGUCAACUUGGUGCUCUUUCAGUCGUUCUCAAUCUCUUUGUGAUCUCAGCUCUCGUCAGGAAUCGUCGACGGGUUCUUACCAACGUUUUCUACGUGAUCGUUCUUCACUGUGCCGUACUUGACGUCGCUCGCGGUCUGUGCCUAAUCGUCUACGGACUUCCUUACUUUGCUAAUUCCGUCUACAAAAUCUCACUAUCCAUCUCGACAAAAGUUACGCUGUUCCGA